CGUCUUCCUCACUCCACCGCUCUGAAUAUUCACGCGCUAAGCGCACCCGCGAAUCUACCCACGCAGCAGCGGGGGCGGGGGCGCGCGAGCGGGCCAGAGAUAUGCUGUCCGUGGCGGGGUCGGUGGAACUGGAGGUGGAGGCGGCCGCUCCAAUGGCGGAGUCGUGAGGCGCUUGGGGAGGGAGGAGAGGGCAGCACCAGUGGUUGCGGCUGCGGCUGCGAGCCGCGAGCGGAGAUGAUUCGGUACCAGAUACGGAACGAGUACGGGCUGUCGGAUCCGGAGCUGUACGCGGCGCCGGGGGAGGAGGAUGACCCGGAGGCGCUCCUCGAGGGCGUCGCCAUGGCCGGCCUCGUCGGCGUGCUCCGGCAGCUGGGGGAUCUCGCCGAGUUUGCAGCUGAAAUUUUUCAUGACCUUCAUGAAGAUGUGAUGGCCACUGCUUCUAGAGGACAUGGUUUAAUGCUCCGAUUGCAGCAGCUAGAGGCAGAAUUUCCAGCAGUUGAGAAGGCACUUGUAUCCCAGACUGAGCACUCAAAUUAUCCACAUGAUGAUGGUGUCAACUGGCAUGCUAAUCUUCAACUUAAACAGAAUAUGAUCACACAAGGAGACAUGCCUCGCUUCAUUUUGGAUUCGUAUGAAGAAUGCCGUGGCCCACCGCACUUGUUCACGCUGGAUAAGUUUGAUGUUGCUGGUGCUGGAGCCUCCUUAAAACGAUAUUCAGACCCCUCUUUCUUCAAGACAGAAUCCAACAUGUUAGAAAUGGAUGUUUCAAUUGAAAAGAAGCCUCGUAGAGUUAAGAAGAAGGCUAUGCGUUGGAGGAAAGGGGCAACACUUGAAUCAUUACUCAUUGAAAACUCUGAAUAUCACAUUGCCCCCAAGGAUCGAACUUCUAGGAAAGUUCCACCUAGGACAACAAAGUUGAAAUCCAGGCAUCCGCGGAGUCCUGAUCAUAAAACUAUUAGCAGAAUAUGCAGGGAGCAUCUGCUAGAAGUAAUUUCAUCGCAACAAAAAAUUUUGUCCGCAUAUUCUGGGCAGCAGUACCAUGUGAAAUUUAGGUCAUCUGACUCAAGUGAAAUGGAGAAUUAUGGUGCCAUUGUUCAAUCUUCUGGUAAACUGGAACUGACUAAAAUUGUUCCAAUAAAUGAAUCUGAUACCAUGGAGACUAUAUCUGCACCCACUCAUGGAUCACCUUACCUGGAGCUAGGUGAUAAACAAAUUCCCGGGAAACAACAUGAACCUUUAGGAAAAAAUGGCAUGGUCAGUGACUCAGGAAAGCUGCAGGAUUGUCCAAACUUCCAGGUUGGCGAAAGUAAUCACAGCUCGCAUUCAGGAGUUGAAGAGAGACACAUAUUAGCUGGGGUUCCUGCUGAUCAAGAUGCUAAUGGCUGCAGACCUGAUGACAUUUGUAGUGAUCAAGACAACUUCAUCGACGCUCUUAACAACAUGGACUCAGACGGUGAAGCAGAUCCUGAAAUAGAAACUGAACCUGAUCCCAGUGCCAACGUGGAGCGGACUGAAAUGAACUGUGACAGCAAGGAAGGUGAAGAUGCAUUGCAUGCGGAGUCUCCAGAAGUAGGUUCUGCAAUAGACUCUUCACCAGGGUUUAACAGUUUAUGCUUGGUUGGAGAACCAACCUGUACGGACUUACCAAGUGAUUAUGCUCCUCCGGCAGUGUCAGCCACUAAUGGUCCAAGCUCUGGUUCACAAUUUGGAAGACAAUUGAAUGGUGUUGAUUGGACCAAAGAUGAAGAGCCUUUUGAUGAUGAGGAUCUAAUGGAUGUGAGCUCAUCAUCUAGUGUAGCUUCCGACAAUGCUGACUUACAAACCAAUGAAGAUCUCUAUGGUUGUCAACAACACCAGGAGGAAGCUUAUCACUAUCAAAGUGGUGAUCACACAGCUGUUAUCCAUAGUUCUGAUAAACAUUCACCCAAGACAUCUAGUGGUUUGUUGGAUGGUAUGGUUAUCAGCAGCAACGAUUACACCGACAAAGUAUAUCAUUCUGCAGAGCAUGGCCAGGAUGAUACUUCUAUGGUAUUGAGCAAUCCUAACGAUGUUUCAGAAGACUUAGACAAACCCAGUUUUGGGAUUGCUGAUGAUUUGUUUCUCCACCCUACCAAACCCAAUCAAGAGGAAAUACAAGAGAUAGAGAAAGAAUUGGAAGAAGGUGGAUCUCUAGAUACAGAUACGUCAACUGGCAUACUUGCAUCAUGGCCAGAUAUGGACCGUGUUAUGUGCAUGAAUGAUGUAGAGAUGAACAAGGACAGUGCUACAGUUCCUGAAGAAAUUGAUGCUGAUACUGCCCCAACAUGUUUGGAUCAUGAUGACAGCCAUGAUCAUCAAGAUGGAAUUGCACCAGAACAUUCAGGCACAUGCAAUAAUCUACCACGUGAAUUAAAUAGUGAUGAGAUUGCUGAAGACAUGCACUCUUUACCAGACAAUGGUCUAUCAACUCGUUUUAAUAAGGAUAUUGCAGAGGAUAAUCAAAUAGUUGUGCUUGAAGGAGGGGCUUUCCCGACUAGCCUCAGCACACACAAAGAGGGUUCUGUGCAAGCAUCUGCCAUGGCCAGGGACUUCUCUGAUGUUCAAGAGUUUGCAGUAGUAAUUCAAGGCGUACCUUCUCAAGAGGAGACAGAAGCUCAUGCAGGAGAGACACUUGCACCUGAGUCCUGUGUGUUCAAUGAUGAUACAGAACCAGUGGAGAUUAGUGUGCUUCUAGCCCCUAGUACUUCCUCUCUACCUGACAACAGUAGUUCAUGUGUAGAACAGCACGCAUUGACUGAAAUGAAAGACAUUGAGGAGGGUAGCAAAGUUGUGGUUGCAGAAGAAUCAACUACUAGCAGGUUUGCAGAUGACGUGGUACCCCCCAAAGAGGAGUUCAGUGAUGCUGCCUUAUAUACUGAAAAAACAGAGGUUCUCACUACAAAUUCAACUGAAGAAGCCUCUAGACAUGAUCUGCAACUACAGUCUAGUUCUCCUUUAAAGGAAGGGUUGGAAACAGUAGAAGCUACCCACAGAAAUCUUGGGGAAGUAGAUACAUCAAGGGAAUGUAUCUCUAAAAAGAGUAUGUUGCAGAUAGACAAUAUUCCUUUUUGUGAAAUAGAGCCAAUAGGUGAAAAAUGUAGUGACAGGGAUGGUAUUCAGUUUCCUUCCUCAGCACAUUUUCCAGUAGAAUCUGAUUAUCAAGAGGAAUUACUAGAGGAGGCCAGUCAUAAUGCUGAGGGCCUCUCUCUGUGUGAUUUGUACAAGGAUGGUGCAGUAAGCCUGAAAAGUAACACAAUGGAGAAACAACCAGAGAAUGUUGAUCAAGAUUCCGCAUGGGGGAUGCCUGAUCAAGAUUCUAGUAGUACAAACCCAUUCAUGGAUCCUGCUUACAUGAUGAGCCACACUCAAUUUUAUCCCUCUCCCAGUAUGAUUGGCCAACCGUGUUUCCCUGAAGAACAGGAUUUCCCUUCAGAACUUCUAAUACAACAUGGCAGGAUGGGAGCAGCUGUUGAUUCCCUUUGGGAACCUGCAACUCCACCUGAUGAAGCGCCGUUACCAUCAGAAGUUAUGACUGAAGAAGAUUUCAGAUCCUUCUUCCAUGAGUAUCAUGAAAUAGGUUUUUCAGCUGGCACUGAAGGUUGUCACAGUGAACCAGCCUCAGAAUCUAACAAUAUUUCAAAUGCUAUGGUCAGUGAAUCAGAUUUUCCAUGUUCUCUUUCUGCCUUGCCCAUGAAUUUAGACCAGGAAGCAUGUGUUCAUUCUAAGUUUGGUUCUCAGUGUGCUGAAUGUUCAUCUACUAUGGAUAUACAAGGUGCUACAUCAAUGACAUUUUCUGGAAAAGAAGAUCUCAACGAUGAGGCACCAGGAGUAGAUUCUCAUUUAAAAUCGCAUGCGUCUUUCAGUGAUAACAGAAGUCCUGAAUUAGAUAUACUCUCUGUUCCAGUGGAUUUACAACAGGAACAGCACCUGUUGUCUCAAGUUGAUUCUCAUAGUUUUCCUUUGUCGGAUAAAGAGAAGACUAAUGGAGAAUCCUGCUUUCCUUCAAGCAAUGUUAUCGAAGUGAAACAAGAUCUGGAAAUUCAUGCCGGUCUUGUUCCGCAUUCUUUUAUUAAUGAAAAUGUAGAGGACCUGGAUGUUGUUGUCCCAGUGGAACCACAGGUAGGAGCUCGUGCCCUGGAUGAAUAUGAUAACCAGGAUAUUCCUUGUUGUUCAACUAGCGAGAAGAAUGAUACCCUUACUUUGGGGAAACCUGUUCUAGUCCAGGGAUCAGAAGUUUGUGCCCUUGGUGAAUUUGGUUCUUCGAUCGUUCCAUCAUCUUCAAUUGAUGAGAUUGAAGACAAUUUAGAAGCCUCUGCUUUGAGGACUUCUUUUCGAGCAGAACAAGAGUCUGAAUGUUGCACCUCAGGUGAACAUGAUUCUCAAAUCACUAUAUCCCCUUUGCUUGAUGAGAAGAUUGAUGAGCUGGAUGGCCCUGCUUUGUGCAAUACAGCCAUAGUGGAUAAGGAAUCAGAAGUUUGUGUUCCAUGUGGACUUAAUUCUCGAAUCACCCCAUGUUCUUCAACUGAGGAAAAUAUACAAGAAUUAGAUCACUCUCCUUUGAGCAGUUCUGUUUUAGUUGAUCUUGAAUCAGAAGAUAAUGUCUCAGGGGACUGCGAUUCUGAAGUUACUCCAUGUUCCUUGGUUAUAGACAAGGUUGGUGAAUCAGAAGAUGUUCAACCAACUCGUAUUUUCUCUGAGCAAGAGCAGGAAGCUCAUGCAUCCCCUGAAUUAGACUUUCAUGUUGCUCCCUGUUCCUUGAAUGAUGAUAAGGUUGGUGAAAUAGAAGGUCCUCUUGCAUGCAUUGGCCAGGUGGGACCAGACAAGGAAUCUGAUUGCUCAACUGAAUUUAAUUCCCAAACUGUGCCAUGUUCUUCAAAUUCACCAGUACUAACUGACACAAGUGCAUUGGCUUCUACUCCAGUCAUGGAAACAUAUCAGUUGUCUCCUGGUCUGCCACCCGCUGUACAAUCUCAAAAUGAUUCCUACGAAGAUCCCCAAGCUCAAGCACCUCCCCCCCUCCCUCCACUCCAGUGGAGGCUUGGAAGGCCUCGUCUAGGGCUUCUGAGUGGAAAAGGCUCUAUGCCUGAGCCUGCAAGGAGAAUAAAUCCAGUUUUGCAGGCAUCAAGACAAGACAUGGAUAUCAGGUUAGGUUUGCUCGAUCGAAUGGAUAGAUCAAUAGAACCAGUAUCCUCUCAAGCGAUCAAAGAAGAUAUAAAUCGGAGUUCUUUGUUAGAUGAUAAUGAUCAAAAUGUAGAAUUUGGGAGAUCAUCGACCAGUGUUGUAGUAACUGAUGUUGCAAGGACUGAACACUGUUGGCAAUUCUCAGAAGCUUCAGAGAACAUUAAACACCAGGGCAAUGUUUGGUCAUCAUCACCAGGAGUUGAUGAUCGUGCGGAUGCUGGGGUCGCACCAGCAACAGCAGAUGAUUCUGGGGCGACAUAUGGAAUAGCCUUAUCCUCAUUGAACCCUGUGUUUCCAUUACCUACAGAUGAACAGCAGGGCCCUCACCUGUGCAUCUUAUCUUCAGAUUCUAGAGAAAAUAGUGGUAUUGGCAAGUCAAUGGAUGCUGCUGGUGACAUGGAAAGCAUCUCAAUAAAAGGACAUGAUUCUGAAAAUAGGUGUUACCAGCAACCUGAGUAUGUUGAAUCGUUCUCAGGGACUUCAGACCACGAAGAGCAUAUUACAAAUGCAUCAGAGGAGGGUGGGAAACAUCUGUCUAGUGCAAGUGAGGCAAUUUCAGACCCUGAAAAACAUUCUGCACCAGGUACAUUGUUGAAUGAAGGGAAUAGCCAGGAGAGUCAACAUUUACAGGAACAAAAUAUGGAUAGUUUUGAGCACGAUCGGUCGGGAGGCCCAUUGCCCAGCUCAGAAUCAAUGGCACCUCAAGAUUAUCCACAUGAUGAAUAUAAUUUAGAUAGAGAAAAUAGACACCGGCCUAGCAACCCAGGCCCAUUAGCGGCAUGGCCUGGUGAUAAAAGUAACUUCUUUAGUGGUCUUGACGAAGCUAGCUUUGGACAUGCUGAGCAGCCACCUGUGUUGGGAUGGACUGUUGGACCUCAGAUGAUUCAUCCUAAGUAUGGUAUAUCAGUACAAGACAGCUUCGAGCCAAAUAUCACCGAUAAUCAUUUAAUCAAGAAGCCUAUUUCGAUAAAAAACAUCCCAAGGAAUCCACUGGUCGAUGCUGUUGCUGCUCACGAUAGAAGCUCGAUGCGAAAGGUUUCAGAGCUUGCACCAUCAACUGACAAGCCAAAGCCCAACGAGAGAAACCUGUUGCUAGAGCAGAUAAGAAACAAGACCUUCAGCCUGAAACCAGUGGCUCCUGCUAAGCCAAUAGCUAUGGGAUCUCCUGCUAGAGCCAAUACUAGAAACUUGAAGGUUGCUGCAAUCAUAGAGAAGGCAAAUGCCAUCCGACAGGCAGUGGGAAGUGAUGACGAAGACGCAGAUAGUUGGAGUGACGCAUAGAUGCCCAUCUUUUGCCCUCUUGGUGUUCUUUCCACCACAGAAAGAUGCCAGUUCAUCAAGGACGCCGUGGACAUGUUGGGGUUGCACAGCCAUGUCAAUUUUUGGUUAGCAAUGGUAGUCUUCUUGUAUAGUUUAUGCUAAUAAUCUUUUUCUUCCCCAUUCUUCUCGUAUUCUUUCGACCGAUUAUUUGUAUACUUGCCUCUCCCAGCAGCAAAGGCUGUUGUGGUGGACAUGAUCCGAGGAGAGCAUGCAUAUUCUUCAGGUCUAUGUAAAUUAGACAGUUCUAAUCAAACAGGUUUAUCUACUGAGGAGUA